AUGGCUUCCUUCGCAUUUUCCGCUGGUGUUGGUCGCUACAUUUCACCAUCAAAUGCAAUGGUUUCUGUUAACUGUGAGAACAGAAGUGAAGGGUUUUCAUUAGGCGAGGGUAUUUUUGCAAGAAAACGUGACCCUCGAUACUCGGUGAUCACGAAAGUUGCAACCCAAGCACCAACUAUGGUUCCAUCACUGGAGAAGGAACUUGCUAUUGACCGGAAUCAUGUUGCAUGGACAAGUGUCCGGCAAGAGAGGUGGGAAGGAGAGCUUGCUGUUCAAGGAGAAAUUCCAUUGUGGUUGAGUGGAACGUAUCUUAGAAAUGGUCCAGGCCUGUGGCACAUAGAGAACUACAACUUCCGACACCUUUUCGAUGGCUAUGCCAUGUUAGUCGGACUCCACUUUGAAAAUGGUCGAUUGAUCGCUGGCCACCGCCAAAUCCAAUCAGAGGCUUAUAAGGCUGCAAAGAAGAACAAUAAAUUAUGUUACCGUGAAUUUUCUGAGGUUCCAAAGCCUGACAAUUUCCUAGCCUACGUAGGGGAACUAGCUAACCUCUUCUCCGGGGUAUCACUGACCGAUAACGCCAACACUGGCGUGGUCCGGCUUGGCGAUGGCCGUGUUGUUUGCUUAACAGAAACACAAAAAGGGUCAAUAGUUGUUGAUCCAGACACACUGGAGACAUUAGGAAAAUUCCAAUAUAGUGAUUCACUGGGAGGUCUAAUACAUUCGGCACAUCCAAUAGUGACAGACACUGAGUUCUUAACUUUGUUGCCUGAUUUGUUGAAGCCUGGAUACUUGGUGGUGAGGAUGGAGCCUGGAAGCAACGAAAGGAAAGUGAUCGGACGGGUGGAUUGUCGUGGAGGACCUGCUCCAGGGUGGGUCCACUCGUUUCCGGUUACUGAACAUUAUGUGGUAGUGCCAGAAAUGCCUUUGAGAUACUGUGCACAAAAUUUGCUCAGAGCUGAGCCCACACCAUUGUACAAGUUUGAGUGGCACCCCGAUUCCAAAGGGUUCAUGCAUGUUAUGUGUAAAGCUAGUGGCAAGAUUGUGGCAAGCGUGGAAGUGCCUCUAUAUGUAACCUUCCAUUUCAUCAAUGCUUAUGAAGAGAAAGACGAAGAUGGGAGGGUGACUGCCGUCAUAGCCGAUUGUUGUGAGCAUAAUGCGGACACAAGUAUUUUAGAGAAGCUUAAACUGCAAAAUCUUCGGUCUUCCAUGGGUGAAGAUGUCCUACCAGAUGCUAGGGUCGGGAGGUUCGUAAUUCCUUUAGAUGGGAGUCCGUAUGGGAAGUUGGAGGCAGCAUUGGACCCAGAAGAGCAUGGGAAAGGAAUGGACAUGUGCAGCAUUAACCCUGCAUAUUUGGGCAAAAAAUACAGAUAUGCUUAUGCUUGUGGAGCAGAACGUCCUUGUAACUUCCCCAACACCCUCACUAAGAUUGACUUGUUCGAUAAGAAGGCAAAGAAUUGGUAUGAAGAGGGUGCUGUACCCUCGGAACCAUUUUUUGUAGCUCGCCCAGGUGCUACAGAAGAGGAUGAUGGUGUGGUGAUCUCCAUGGUUAGUGAGAAAAAUGGAGAUGGGUAUGCACUGUUAUUAGACGGAUCCACAUUUGAAGAGAUUGCAAGAGCAAAGUUUCCUUACGGUCUACCGUAUGGAUUACAUGGAUGCUGGGUGCCAAAGAAGUAA